UCAUCAUCAGAGUACUUGCACCGAGUACGCGCUGAAGCUAGACCUCAGACCAUGACACUCCGACCUCACACUCUCUUCCUCCCUCAAGCCUCCUUAACCCCCCCAUCUCCUAAACCCUCCAAAAACCCUUCCAACUCCUUCACCCCAACUCUCAAUUCCCCAAUCUACCCCUCCCUCUCCCUCCACCACCACCACCCAACCACCCCCACCGACUCCGGCAUCCUCUUCCGCGAAAAGCUCAUCUACCUCGAAAGCCACCUCAACGUCAAUCCCCAAAAAGCCCUCCAUCUAAACCCCGACUUCCGCUCCUGCCCCCUCUCCUCCGUCAAGUCCGUCGAGCACUGCCUCUCCUCCAUGGGCAUCGAGCUCUCCGCCAUGGGCCGCAUCCUCGACAUGCACCCCCAGCUCCUCACCGUGGACCCCCACUCCCACCUCUACCCCGUCUUCGACUUCCUCCUCCACGACGCCCAUAUCCCCUUCCACGAUAUCCGCAAGUCCAUCGUCCGCUGCCCCAGGCUCCUCGUCUGUGACGUCAGCAACCAACUCCGACCCGCCUUGGAGUUCCUGACCCAACUAGGUUUUAAGGGCGUGACGUGCCAGACCACGGUCCUAUUGGUCUCGAGCGUCAGAGGUACCCUUUUGCCCAAGAUUGAGUAUUUGCAGAGUCUGGGCCUGAGUCACGCGGAGGUGGCCAACAUGGUGAUAAGGUCGCCGGCGCUGUUGACUCUCAGCAUACACAACAAUUUCAUGCCGAAAGUCGAGUAUUUAGUGCAAGAGAUGAAGAAAGAUGUGAAGGAGCUCAAGAGGUUUCCGCAGUACUUUUCGUUUAGUUUGGAGGGGAGGAUUAAGCCUAGGCACAGAUUGUUGGCUGAGCACGGCUUUUCGCUUCCGUUGAGGGACAUGUUGAGGGUUAGUGAUGGCGAGUUUAAUGCUAUGUUGAUUGAGAUGCGAUUGGAUUGCACAGGCUUGAGUCAUUAACUUGAAUUUUGUAUAUGGAAAUGAUAGUCAAAUUUUGAUGAUCUGCAUUUGCAUACCAUGGAGUGUUGAUUGUGUGCAUGUUCCCCCCUUUUGUUACUUGUGUUUAAGCUAGGUGAACAUAGCAGACUAGAGCUUCAUGUAGGCUGCUCAUGUUUUAUCAAGUGUUUGCGCAAAGUAUAGAAUCGUGAUUAACAUGAUUUUCAAUGGUAAUUCAGAUA